CUGACUGUCAACUCUUACCGCCUCCAUCCAUCUUCAGUUGUAUUUUGUAUUAUUGUCUUUAAUGUUAUCAAGUAUUUACGUGUCGAACCCACUUGGUACUGCCGACACGUAAACAAUCGAAAUUAAUCGGUGUUCUGAUUCAUGAAUAAAUAAACGCUUUGAACGAAGUGAUAGUAUUGUUCCUGGCCAUCGGCGACAUCAUUUAGAAUAAUGGCCCAAGUGCACGAAUACAAAGUGGCAAUGACUUGCGAGGGCUGCUCAGGUGCUGUGGAACGGGUCCUGAACAAACAGAAGAAUAAGAUCGAGCAUUUUGAUAUCGACUUGAAGGCCCAGCAGGUUAAAGUGAGAACUGCCCUUGCAGCAGAUGAAGUGCUGGAAAUAAUCAAAAAGACUGGUAAAGACACCCAGUUCGUCUCCACUUCCCAAGGGGAUAAAUGAUGCAUCAACGUUCAGGACGUUUAAUCAAAUUCAACAAUUUCAACUUUAAGACGGCGGCUGAUUUUUACAAAGUUUAUUCCUGUAUUUGAAUGGUGAUUUUAUAUACUGAUUUUUUGCUCUUUUAA